AUGCACCCUGCUGGCCCCGCAGUCCUGCUGCUCCUUCUGCUGGGGUCUUGCCCAGGCUCUUUUCAUAAAAAGAAAGGUCUGCAAUCAGUGUGUGGUCGACCUUCUCAUGAAGGCCGCAUCGUGGGUGGCCAGGAUGCUGCUGGGGGGCAUUGGCCAUGGCAGGCCAGCCUGCGCUUUUCCGGCGACCACGUCUGCGGAGGGUCCCUCAUCAGUGAGAGCUGGGUCCUGACAGCAGCACACUGUAUAAAAUCGUCCUGGGUUUCCUUUUACAGCGUGUGGCUGGGAUCCAACAAAGUACAGAACUCCCAGGGGGGCAAGGAGUACUAUGUGUCCCGAAUCAUCAUCCAUCCCAAACACAACACCACCACUGCAGACAUUGCCUUGCUGAAGCUGUCCUCCAGGGUCACCUUCACUCCUCUCAUCCUGCCCAUCUGCCUGCCCAAUAUCACAGGGCCACUGACACUUCCAGCCUCUUGUUGGGUGACUGGAUGGGGAAAAACUGAGGAAGAAUCAGAUUCUUACCCUUCUACUCUCCAGGAAGCUGAAAUACCCAUUUUUAACUACCAGGCUUGUGAACGACUCUUUAACCCCGUUGGCAUUUUCAUCCCAGGAUUGGAGCCAGUCCUUGAGGAAGACAAGAUAUGUGCUGGUGAUGUGAAAAAAAAUAAGGAUAGCUGCGUGGGCGACUCUGGAGGGCCUCUGUCCUGCAACAUCGAUGGUGUGUGGAUCCAGAUAGGAGUGGUGAGCUGGGGAAUGCAAUGUGGCAAACUUCUUCCUGGGGUCUACACCAAUGUCAGCUACCACCGAACGUGGAUUAGUGACUCUGUCUCAAGAGCUGAAGUGCCGGGUGCCAACCAUUUGGACUUAUCGGACUUCUUCCCUGCUGGACUCGUCUGCCUGGCCCUUCUGGGCCCCUCCUGGGCCUUUGGGCCUAAUGCUAUGCCAGAAGGAUAA